AUGGCCACCCACACUUCAGCCGGUGUGCCGAUUCUCGACAUCAGGAGUGACAACGCAGACCAGUCCCUGCUCGAAACUCUGAAGGGGUCUCUCAAUCCUCCCAAGGGGCAGCCACGCACGUUCCCAACCUUGCUGCUCUAUGACGAAAAGGGUCUCAAGCUGUUUGAGGAGAUCACCUAUUUGGAUGAAUACUACCUCACCAACGCGGAAAUAGACACUCUCACAAGACAUGCCAGCAAGAUCGUUGAACAAAUUCCACCCGGUGCUCGUCUUGUUGAACUGGGCAGCGGGAACCUCCGCAAGGUCAACAUCCUUCUGGAAGCAUUUGAGAAGGCCAACAAGAAUGUCGAGUAUUAUGCCCUGGAUCUAUCACUGUCCGAACUCAAGCGUACUUUUGCCGAGUUGGACAUCAAAGCAUUCCACCAUGUCACUUUCCGGGCCUUGCAUGGUACCUAUGACGAUGCUCUUUCCUGGCUGAAGAAAUCUACGGAUGACGCCAUGACCACCUGUGUCAUGACCAUGGGCUCUUCCUUGGGCAACUUCACUCGAGAGGAGGCCGCUCAGUUCCUUGCUUCCUUCAAGAAAGUCUUGGCGCCAUCGGACUUUGUGAUGGUGGGACUCGACGGAUGCCAGCAGCCUGGCCGCGUCUUCCCUGCCUACAACGACUCUUUGAAUGUGACCGAGCGCUUUUAUCGCAACGGCCUUACCCAUGCUAACAACAUUCUGGGCUACGAGGCAUUCAAACAGGAUGAAUGGGGGAUCGACCGUCUAUAUGAUGACAAGCAGAACAAACACCAGGCUUCAUACGUGGCCUUGAAGACGAUCAACAACAAAGACUUCUCCUUUGAAAAGGGCGAAAAAGUCCAUUUGGAGGACGCCUUCAAGUACUCGGAGGAGGAACGAGAUGCUCUCUGGCAUGCUACUGGCCUGAUCCCUCAGAUGUCUUACGGCAACAAGACCAAUGAUUAUUUCGUUCAUCUUUUGUCGCCGUCCACUAUCAGUUUCCCCAGCAAACCGGCGGAGUUUGCUGCGAGCCCUGCCCCUUCGCUCGACGAUUGGCGACAACUAUGGGCGGCUUGGGAUACGGUGACCAAGUCCAUGGUCCCGAAGGACGAGUUGGUCAACAAACCUAUCAAGCUACGAAAUGACUUGAUCUUUUAUCUGGGCCAUAUUCCUACGUUUGCAGAUAUUCACUACAUGAACGCCACGAAAGAAAAGGCGACAGAACCGGCAUACUAUAGGUCCAUAUUUGAGCGAGGCAUUGAUCCAGAUGUGGACAAUCCCGAACUGUGCCAUGACCACAGUGAGAUCCCGGACUCCUGGCCUCCCCUGCAGGAGAUCAUGGUCUAUUCGCAGCGUGUUCGAGAACGUAUCGUCGAGAGCAUUCACUCCGGCCGAGCAUACACUGACCGCAAGCUCAGCCGUGGCCUGUGGCUCGCUUAUGAGCACGAGGCCAUGCAUCUGGAAACCUUCCUCUACAUGCUGCUUCAGAGUGAGCGCGUCCUGCCGCCACCUGGCCGGGAUUUGCCCGACUUCAAAGCCUUAGCCGCCGAGGCUCGCACGAACCGUAGCGCAAACAAGUGGCACCGCAUCCCUGCGAGCGAAGUUAAGAUUGGGUUGGACGAUCCAGAAAACGACUUCGGCCCUGACAGGUACUUCGGCUGGGAUAACGAGAGGCCAUCACGCACAGUAGCUGUCCACGAUUUCGAGGCUCAAAGUCGCCCAAUCAGCAAUGGCGAAUACGCUCGCUUCUUGGAAGUCACCCACAAGGAUUCCCUACCCGCUUCAUGGACAGCCUCCAAAGCAGGUACGCAUCUCAAUGGAACCAACGGCACAAACGGUGUGAAUGGCCAUGUCCAGGAUGAGCUCGAGAUGGCCAGCCCCUCCUUUGUCGAAGGCAAGGCUGUUCGAACGGUCUACGGCCUCAUCCCUCUCAAAUAUGCCUUGGACUGGCCUGUGAUGGCUUCGUACGACGAAUUGGCAGCCUACGCAGAAUGGUCCGAUGGACGCAUUCCUACACUGGAAGAGGCUCGGAGCCUUUACCAGUACGUGGAGAACCAAGACAGCGUCUUGCAGAAGGUUACUAGCAAGCUGAUUUCAGCCGUGAACGGGCAUCUCUCCAAUGAUGGCGUCCAAGAGACACCUCCAUCAGGCCAUCAGUCGAACGGUGUCGUCAACGGUAGUGCAGAAGGUCCCCCGCUGGACCCCAAUGAGCUCUUCGUCGAGCUCGGUGAUCGCAAUGUAGCCUUCCGCCACUGGCAUCCAACGCCCGUGACCGGCAACGGCGACCGACUCCGUGGACAGAGCGAUCUUGGGGGUCUGUGGGAAUGGACCAGCACACCGUUGGCGCCACAUGAAGGGUUCAAAGCCAUGGACUUGUAUCCCGGGUAUACCGCCGACUUCUUCGACGGUAAGCACAAUGUCUGUCUAGGAGGCAGCUGGGCCACUGUGCCGCGAAUCGCAUUGAAGAAGACCUUCGUCAACUGGUACCAGAGAAACUAUCCGUAUGUUUGGUGUACGGCCAGGCUGGUCAGGGAUGUGGUCGUUUGA